CCUAUAUAGUGAUGCCGCCAUUUGUAGCUAGUUCAGUGUCUCCGUCCUAAAAUUUUCACUAAAAACAUCAUACAAAUCGGGGGUCUAGAUGGAUCUGGAAAUGCAACUGCGGGCCGCAGAGGCCCGAAGGUCCGAGCUCGAACGUCAGCAUUCCGAAGCCUUAGCGGCCUUACGCGGCUGCGGACCAGAAACGCUAGAGGCCAGACAAUCUAGGGUUAGAGAAUUAGAAAAGAAAGUAGCUCUAGAAACGGUCAGAUGCGAAGAACUGCAAUUAGAACUGGCAGCAUCACAGAGGGGCAGGACGGUGGGGAGCGGCACCAGCGGCCCACUUUCAAGCACCGGCCAAAGCUGGGGCAAUAAAGGUACUGAAAUAGAGAGAAUUAUGGCUAAAAUAGAGCAAGAUAAUCGAAUAUUAGCUGAGUUAGACCAUAGUCGAUCCACUACGCUGGGGGCCGGUCUGGCGACUAGCGCCAGCAGCCACGCCUUGGGCGAGUGCAGCCCCCCUCUCUCCCCCAUCACCAUGUCCCACACCACCCCCAGCAUAUACCCCACCUCGACCUCCCUCGGCCACAACUAUAACCAAUCCGCCACCACCAACAUCUCGCCCUACAUGUCCAACCCCGUCAGCUACAACCCCACCUCGCAAUACAACACCCUGCACCACACCUACGCCAACAAGCCCAUGAUGGGCACGACCAUGACCCACCACGGCAUCAGCUCCAGUUUAGGACAGAGCUCGGUGCUCGGGGGCGCCCUCACCCACCAGAACCUGGCCACGUCGAUGGGCGGGAACGUCAUGGGCCCGUCGUUGGUCUCGACGGCGCUGGGUACCUCCAUCGUCCCUUCCACCUACGCCACCAGCAACAUCUCCAACACCACCUUCAGCAAUGCGUUGGUCUCCAACAACCCCAGCGCUUUGAAUACCUCCUUCAACAACCCCACGUUCACCAACGCCGUCACGAACACGCUGACGCAGUUCAGUCUACCCUACAACCCGGUCACCACUACCUUCACGAACAAUGUGACGUUUUCGAACCCGCUGAGCUCACAGUUCAACAGUCUGUCUCUCACGGGGCCCAUGUCCAUCAAGCUGAAGCCGCUGGACGAAGUCGACCUAGGGACCCGGCGCGUUGCCACCCCCGUGACGCCGCACCCGCCCUCGUGGGGGCUGGGGACGACGACGCUCAGCGGCAUCACCGACGCCCGGCCCAGGAUGUUGACCGACGGGAUCGAUUCCGACUGGAGCGGGCUGCACACGACGGACAGGAACUACCUGAACGGACACAACCAGGAGGGGCAGGUGGACAUGCUGGACAUCCCGGGCAAGGGGAGGUGUUCGGUGUACAUCGCCAGAUUCUCCUACGAGCCGGAGCCGGACGCCGAGGAGGAGCUCAACAUCCAAGCGGGGGACUACCUCCUGGUGUGGGGGGACCCGGUGGGGCCCGGGGGGUACCUGGACGCCGAGCUGCUGGACGGGCGGCGCGGGUUGGUCCCCUCGCACUUCGUGCAGCGGCUGAUCGGGGACGACCUCCUGGAGUUCCACCAGGCGGUCUUGAGCACGCUGCGCGAAGAGGAGAUCAACCAGGAGAACUUCGCCGCGGACGUGCAGAGGCUGAACGAGAUGGCGGAGAUGUCGGAGACGCACGAGGAGGACGGACCUGAAGGUGAGGAAGCUGACCUAUUCUUCUCGGUGUUAGUUCCGGCCCCGCGGCAGCUCACCCUCGAGCGCCAGCUCAACAAGAGCGUCCUCAUCAGCUGGACGACCCCCGACGUGGGCCCCGGCAACCACAUCGAGAGCUACCACGUGUACGUGGACGGCGUGCUCAAGACGACGAUCAAGGCGACCGAGCGGACGCGCGCGCUCGUCGAGGGCGUGGAGAGCAACCGGGUAAAUCUCGUAAGCCGGCAAAGCGUGCCAGAGUUAACGCCGCCAACUCGACAGCCGCACCGCAUCAGCGUGCGCUCGGUGACGGCGAACCGGCGCACCUCGAGGGACGCCGCCUGCACGAUGAUCAUCGGCCGGGACACGCACCAGCUGGGGCCGAGCGCGGUGCGGGCCUCCAACAUCACCUCGACGUCGGCGGUGAUCAGCUGGCUGCCGGCCAACUCGAACCACCAGCACGUGGUCUGCGUCAACAACGUGGAGGUGCGGACGGUCAAGCCGGGGGUGUACAGGCACACGAUCACGGGGCUGGCGCCGAACACGCAGUACAGGGUGACGGUGAGGGCGAAGCACCACAGGGCGGCGCAGAACGUGGCCAAUCUGGCGGAGGACCUGCCGAUGCCGGCGGCGGCGCACACGGACUUCCGGACGCUGCCGAAGGGGCUGCCGGACCCGCCGAGCGACAUUCUGGUGGAACCAGGUCCACAGGACGGCACCCUCCUCGUGACGUGGCACCCCAUCCUCACCCCGCACCACCCCGGCUCCACCAUCACCGGCUACGCCGUCUACGCCGACGGCAAGAAGGUGACCGACGUCGACAGCCCCACCGGCGACCACGCCCUCAUCGACAUCAGCAAGCUCCUCGGCCUCAACCCCAAACACGUGACCGUGCGGACCAAGGCCCGGGACAGCCAGUCGGCCGACUCGGUGCCCACCCCCAUCCCCAUGCACGCCGUGCUGCGGGGCGGCAUCAAGGGCCGCCAGCAGCCGCACACCGCCGUCAUGCCGGCCCACAUCCGGCAGCAGAUGCCGCGCCAGCAGCAGCAGCAGCAGGGCCAGCAGAUCAUCGAGCCGGACGAGAACCUCAGCGACAAGGAGAUCUUCCCCAACACCAACCCGCACCGGCAGGCCGGCUGCAUCCCUUCCAUUGCACAACGCUCCAUUGCAGAAAUUACUAAAGAGACGUAUGAAGCUAAUUUGUCUGAGGACGAAAUGUUGGAUAGGAGGAAUCAGAGACAUCAGUAUUCGCAGCAAAGACCGUUUAGGCAGGGCCAGCAGCAGAGGGAGCAGCAGCAACAGCAACAGCAGCAGCAGCAGCAACAGCAGACGCAACAGCAACAGUACUACCAACAAGGCCAGUCCAAUCAGCGCUCCGCGGUCCAGAGCAUGCGCUCCCAGCAGAUGCAAGCAGCCCGGGCCGCCGCCAACGCCCCCAACAACCCCAACAACCCCCCCAACCCGCAGAAGCGGGCCCGCUGGUUCGUCGCCCUGUUCGACUACGACCCGGCCACCAUGUCCCCCAACCCGGACACCUGCGACGAGGAGGUGCCCUUCUCCGAGGGGGAGACCAUCAAGGUGUGGGGCGACAAGGACGCCGACGGGUUCUACCUGGGGGAGUGCCGGGGCAGGCGGGGCUACGUGCCCCACAACAUGGUCAUGGAGAUGGACGGUAACCAGAACAGGGACCGCUGGGGCGACAUCUACGCCAACAUGCCGGUGAAGCGCAUGAUCGCGCUGUACGACUACGACCCCCAGGAGCUGAGCCCCAACGUGGACGCCGAGGUGGAACUGAGCUUCUCCACUGGCCAGAUCAUCAACGUGUACGGCGAGAUGGAUGACGACGGGUUCUACAUGGGCGAGAUCGACGGGGCCCGCGGCCUCGUCCCGUCCAACUUCCUGACCGAGGCGCCCGAGCAGUACAGCGCCGGCCAGACCUCCCAGACGGGCGUGGCCAUGUCCCGCGGCCAGCGCGGCCGCGGCAUCGGCCCCGGCGCCCGCGGCCCGCCCCCGCCGCCCCGCGAGAACCAGCUGCGCCAGCGGAACAAAGGUACGCCCGGUCGCUCGCCGGGGGCGUUCCGGGAACGCCCCCGGCCGCGACGGCCACGCCCACCUACCGUACGUCGUCUCAGUACUCUGUUGGUUGGCUAAGAUCGGCUGGUCAUUCCCGAAAGAGGAGUAUACGUACCUUGAUACCGUACCAUCACACACUUGCUCUCUGCUGCCAUUGGUCUUCGUUAGAGGGACAGGCCGUUCUUCUAAUGAAUUGAUAAGACAGAGCGGACAUGAACAGAGCCACACUAAACAGAGCCUACACUUUUUUUGAUAUAUUUUUAUCAAUUGUUUUCGGUGUACCGCAAGCGUGUGAUGUAAGACGAGUUUAUUUCUUCGCUUUUGUCAGUUCUCUUCUUGGAAAGUGAGUCGUAAGAAAUAAACUGGAAGCUUUAACUGUUUUUCAAUGUUCGGUUUGCACUCAUCGAAAAUGUAUGCCAAUCGCUAGCUCUAUCUCUUUCUCUCUCAGCUGGUUUUUGACACAACAAGACUCGUCCUCACUUGCAUGUGUACAUUUGCGUUACUGUAGAAAUGAGCCGGGAGGAGCGUCUUGGGGUAUCUGUAGGGACAGCGCAUGUUUGACUUUAAGCCGAGGAGCGAAAACCGACCGAAACGGACGCCUGCUUCUGGGUCUAACCUCUCCGCACGACCCCAUUUUUGGGAGUUAAGCGUUGCGAUUCUCACGUCCUGUGUCUCCCCGACAACGCCAAGUUGAUGAAUUUUACUCCAAAGGUAGCACCUCGUUGUUCUAAACUAGCAUCAGUCCUUAUUCCUUUACAAGUGGUUUAUGAAUCCGCCUUCAGUUUUAUCAUAAACAUGCAGAUUUUUGGAAAAAAAAAUAAAAUUGUGUAACAUUUUGCAAUAAAACUUUCAAAAUUCUCUGAAAUCUUAAAUGUUUCGAUUUUUCAAAUUUUCGUUUUUUUUUCCGAAAAGUUUUGGAAAUUGAAAAAAGGAAAAAUUAUAAAAUCGUAACAUGGAACAAUUGCAAAAUUGAAAAAUUGAGAAGUGGCAGCAAAAUUUGAAGAAACAAAAAAAUCCAAAAAUUAAAAAUCGGAAAUUAAAAAAGUCGAAAAAUUGAAAAAUCCGAAGUUGAAUGAUUGAAAAAUUGAAAAAAUACAAACUAGGAAAAGGGAAAAAUUGAAAAAUUCCAAGUUGAAAAAUCGAAAAAAUAAAAAAUUUUAAAAUCGAAAAAUUGAAGAAACGAAAAAUUAAAAAUCAAGAAAUUAAAAAAUUUAAAAGAAAAAUAAAAAAAUUGAAAAUGUGUAUAAAAAUAAAAAUCGAAAGUGAAAAUCGGAAAAUUUAAAUUUUGAAAAACUAAAUAUGUAUAGAAAAAUCGGAAAAUUAAAAAAAAACGAAAAAUAAAAAAUUGACAAAUUAAAAAAACAAACAUCGAAAAAUUUGAAAAAACAAAAAAUUAAAUCGAGAAAUUGAAAAUUGGAAAUUGAAUACGAUAACUGCAAAUCGAAAAAAUGAAAAAUCAAAAAGAUUUAAAAUUAAAAAUCUAGAAGGAAUUCGAAAAAUUGGAAACUCCGAAAGAGAUGAAAUAAAAAAUUGAAGAAAAAUGGAAAAACUGAAAAAAUGGAAAAUUGAAAAAUCAAAAUAUUGAAAAAAUUAAAAGUUGAAAAAAAUAAAAAUUGAUAAAUGAUACUAAAAAUCGAAAAAUUAAAAAAUCAAAAAAUGAAAAAUCCAGAAACAAAGAAUCUAGAAGAAAACCCGGAAAAAUUGAAAAAUUUGAAAGUAGGAAAAUAAACUGAAAAAUUCAAAAGCCAAAAAAUGGAAAAAAAAAUUUGAAAAUUAAUUAUGGCAUUGAAAAAAUGAAAAUUAAUAACGAAAACUGUUAAUCGUAAAAUCGAAGAAACAAAAACAAUUGCAUGUAAUUCAAAAAACAAAAAAUCAAGAAAUUAAAAAAAUCUAAAAGGAAAAUGAAAAAAUUGGAAGUUCCAAAAUUGAAAAAUUUUAAAAAUUGGAGGAAAAUGGGAAAAGUAAAAAUAUUGGAAAAUCUAAAUUUUGAAAAACUUAGAAAUUGAAAAGUCGAAAAACUAAGACAAUUAAAAGAAAAAUUAAAAAAUAAGAAAAAUUUUGAUGAAUUCAAAAAACUAAAAAUUGAAAAAUUGGAAAAACAAAAAAUUUAAUCGAGAAAUUAAAAAUUAAAAGAAAGCCAAUCGAAAAAUAAAAAAAUUAAAAACAAGAAGUUAAAAAAUCGAAAACUCGAAAAAUAUGAAUUUAGAAAAAUUAAAAAAUUGAAAGAAAAUGGAAAACUGGAAAGCGGAGAAUCGAAAUAUUGUAAAAUUUAAUAAAAAAUAAAAAGUGGUAAAUAAUAAAAUCAAAUUAAAAAUCGACAAAUAAAAAAUCCUUAAGAAAACCGGAAAAGUUGAAAAAUUCGAAAGUAGGAAAAUAAAAAAAUUGAAAAAUUAAAAAAUCGAAAAAAGUUGAAUAAUUGGAAAAUUGAAAAAACGAAAAAUAAAAAAGCUGAUGAAAUCAGAAGUUGAAAAGUUCAAAAAUUGAGAAAUCAAAAAUUGAAAUUAAAUAGAAAAUCUAAAAAAUUUAAAAGUUGAAAAACCGAAAAAUAAACUGAAAAAUCGAAGAAUUGAAAAAUUUGCAAGUUGAAAUAUCGAAAAAUUCAAAAAAUUUAAAAAUCUGAUUGAAAAUUGUAAAAUUGAAAAAAUCGAAAAAUAGCUGUGUCGAAAACUUGAAAAAAAAAUCGAAGAGGUAAAAAUCGAGAAAUUGAAAAUUAAAGAAAACUGUAAAAUCGAAAAAAACCGAAAAUUUGAAGAAAUAAAAAAAUUAAAAUCAAAAAUUAAAAAUCAAAAAAUCAAAAAAUAUAACAGUAAAAUCGAAAAACCGAAGAAUUUUAAAAUGACAACUGAAAAAUUGCAUGUCGGAAAAUUGAAGAACCGAAAAAUGAAAAAAUUGAAAAAACAAAAAAUUAUAAAAAUCGAGAUAUUGAAAAAUCGAAAAAUUUUACAAAUAAAGAUAAUAAAAAACUGUAAAUCCAAAAUUGCAAAAUUUAAAAUCUGAAAAUUUUAAACUUGAAAACUCGAAAAAUUGCAAGUCGAAAAACUGAAAAAUAAAAAAAAUCAAGAAUUAAAGAAACACAAAAUUGAAAAAUCGAAAAUUAGUCAUACCGAAAAUUUGAAGAAACAGAAAAAAAGGAAGAAUUAAAAAAUCGAAAAAUAAAAGAAUUUCGAAAAAAAUCGGAAAAUAGAAAAGAUCAAAAAUAGAGAAAUCAAAAAGUUAAAAAUGAAGAAACCAAAAAUUAAAAAUCGAGAAAUCAAAAAAUCUAAAAGAAAAUUGAAAAAUUGAAAAGGGCAAAAGUGGAAAAAUGUGAAAAAAAAAAUUCAGAGAAAAAAACAAAAAUGGUAAAAAAUUAAAAAUUAAAAAUCGAAAAAUAAAAAAUCUAGGAGAAACCGAAAAAAUUAAAAAAAUUCAAAAUCGGAAAGAAAAACUGAAAAUUCAAAAGUUGAAUAACUGAAAAAUUUAAACUUGAAAACUCGAAAAAUUACAAAUCGAAAACUAAUGAAACCAAAAAAUUUUAAAUCAAAAAUCGAGAAAUCAAAAAAUUGAAAAAUGAAGAAAUGAAAAAAUAUACAAGGAAAAUAGAAGAAAUGAAAAUUACAAAAGUGGAAAAAUAAAAAAAAUGGGGAAAAGUGUGAACAUUGAAAUAUUGGAAAAAAGUUGAAAAACUAUAAAUUGAUAAAUGGUAACUGAAAACUAGAGCAAUUACAGAUCUGAAAAUUAGAAAUAAAAAAUUGAAAAAUUGAGAAACAAAAAAAAAAAUCGAAAAUUUCACAAAUUCGAAAAAAAAGGAAAAAUUGGAAAUCAAAAACUUUAAAAUCGAGAAAUAACCCGAAAACUUGAAAAAUUUGAAAGUAGGAAAAUAGAAAAAUUGAAAAAUUCAAAAGUUGUAAAUCCAAAAUUGCAAAAUUUAAAAUCUGAAAAAUUUAAACUUGAAAACUCGAAAAAUUGCAAGUCGAAAAACUGAAAAAUAAAAAAAAUGAAGAAUUAAAGAAACACAAAAUUGAAAAAUCUAAAAUUAGAUGGAAAGAAUUAAAAAAUCGAAAAAAAUAAAAAAAUUUCGAAAAAAAUCAGAAAAUUGAAAAGAUUAAAAAUAGAGAAAUCAAAAAGUUAAAAAUGAAGAAACCAAAAAUUAAAAAUCGAGAAAUCAAAAAAUCUAAAAGAAAAUUGAAAAGGGCAAAAGUGGAAAAAUCUGAAAAAAAAAUCAGAGAAUAAAACAAAAAUUGUAAAAAAUAAAAAAUAAAAAAUCGAAAAAUAAAAAAUCUAGGAGAAACCGAAAAAAUUAAAAAAAUUCAAAAUCGGAAAGAAAAACUGAAAAUUCAAAAGUUGAAUAACUGAAAAAUUUUAACUUGAAAACUCGAAAAAUUACAAACCAAAAAAUUUUAAAUCAAAAAUCGAGUAGUCAAAAAAUUAAAAAGUCGAGAAAUGAAAAAAGAUAGAAGGAAAAUAGAAGAAAUGAAAAUUACAAAAGUGGAAAAAUAAAAAAAAUGGGGAAAAGUAUGAAGAUUGAAAUAUUGGAAAAAAGUUGAAAAACUAUAAAUUGAUAAAUGGUAACUGAAAACUAGUACAAUUACCGAUCUCAAAAUUAGAAAUAAACAAUUGAAAAAUCGAGAAACAAAAACAAAUCGAAAAAAAAUCGAAAAUUUCACAAAUUCGAAAAAAAAUGGAAAAAUUGGAAGUGAAAAACUUGAAAAUGAAGAAAUAACCCGAAAACUUGAAAAAUUUGAAAGUAGGAAAAUAGAAAAAUUGAAAAAUUCAAAAAUUGAAAAAUGGAAAAAUUAAAAAAUAGAAAAAAUUGCAAAUAAAAAAUUAAAGAAACAGAACUGAAAUAAAAAGGGAAAUUUUAAAAAUUCGACAGCUGAAAAAUCGAAAAAUAGAAUAACUGAAAAAUUGCAUGUCGAAAAAUUGAAGAAACGAAAAACGAAAAAAUUGUAAAAACAAAAAAUUGUAAAAAUCGGGACGUUGAAAAUUCGAAAAAUUUUACAAACAAAGAAAAUAAAAAACUGUAAAUCCAAAAUUGCGAAAUUUAAAAUCUGAAAAAUUUAAACUUGAAAACUGGAAAAAUUGCAAGUCGAAAGACUGAAAAUAAAAAAAAUGAAGAAUUAAAGAAACACAAAAUUGAAAAAUUAUAAAACCUGAAAAUUGAAAAAUCGAAAAUUAGUCAUACCGAAAAUUUGAAGAAACAGAAGAAAAAGGAAGCAUAAAAAAAUUUCGAAAAAAUCGAGAAAUAUAAAAGUUCAAAAAUAGAGAAAUCAAAAAGUUAGAAAUGAAAAAAAUCGAGAAAUCAAAAAUCUAAAAGAAAAUUGAAAAAUUGAAAAGGGCAAAGGUGGAAAAAUGUGAAAAAAAAUUGGAGAGAAAAAAGAAAAAUCGAAAAAUGGUAAAAAAUAAAAAAUUAAAAAUCGAGAAAUAAAAAAUCUAGGAAACCCGAAAAAUUAAAAAAAUUAAAAAUCGGAAAGAAAAACUGAAAAUUCAAAAGUUGAAUAACUAAAAAAUUCAAACUUGAAAACUCGAAAAAUUACAAAUCGAAAAUUAAAGAAACCAAAAAAUUUUAAAUCAAAAGUCCAGUAAUCAAAAAAUUAAAAAAUCGAGAAAUGAAAAAAGAUAGAAGGAAAAUAGAAGAAAUGAAAAUUACAAAAGUGGAAAAAUAAAAAAAAAAUGGGGAAAAGUGUGAACAUUGAAAUAUUGGAAAAAAGUUGAAAAACUAUAAAUUGAUAAAUGGUAACUGAAAACUAGAGCAAUUACAGAUCUGAAAAUUAAAAAUAAAAAAUUGAAAAAUUGAGAAACAAAAACAAAUCGAAAAAAAACGAAAAUUUCACAAAUUCGAAAAAAAAAUGGAAAAAUUGGAAAUCAAAAACUUUAAAAUCGAGAAAUAACCCGAAAACUUGAAAAAUUUGAAAGUAGGAAAAUAGAAAAAUUGAAAAUUCUAAAGUUGAAAAAUGGAAAAAUGAAAAAAUAGAAAAAAAAAUAAAUUCAGACGUUGCAAAAUCCAAAAAUUGCAAAUAAAAAAUUAAAGAAACAAAGAACUGAAAUAAAGUGGGAAAUUUGGAAAAUUCGGCAGGUGAAAAAUCGAAAAAUUGAAGGAACGAAAAAUGAAAAAAUUGAAUAAACAAAAAAUUAUAAAAUCGGGACGUUGAAAAAUCGAAAAAUUUUACAAAUAAAGAAAAUAAAAAACUGUAAAUCCAAAAUUGCAAAAUUUAAAAUCUGAAAAUUGAAAAAUCGAAAAUUAAUCAUGCCGAAAAUUUGAAGAAACAGAAAAAGGAAGAAUAAAAAAAUCGAAAAAUUAAAAAAUUUCGAAAAAAAUCGGAAAAUUGAAAAGAUCAAAAAUAGAGAAAUCAAAAAGUUAAAAAUGAAGAAACCAAAAAUUAAAAAUCGAGAAAUCAAAAAACCUAAAAGAAAAUUGAAAAGGGCAAAAGUGGAAAAAUGUGAAAAAAAAUUGAAGAGAAAAAAGAAAAAUCGAAAAAUGGUAAAAAAUAAAAAAAUUAGAAUCGAGAAAUAAAAAAUCUAGGAGGAACCCGAAAAAUUAAAAAAAUCAAAAUCGGAAAAAAAAAACUGAAAAUUCAAAAGUUGACUAACUGAAAAAUUGAGACUUGAAAACUCGAAAAAUUAAAAAAUCGAGAAAUGAAAAAGUAUAGAAGGAAAAUAGAAGAAAUGAAAAUUACAAAAGUGGAAAAAUAAAAAAAAUGGGGAAAAGUGUGAAGAUUGAAAUAUUGGAAAAAAAAGUUGAAAAACUAAAAAUUGAUAAAUGGUAACUGAAAAUUAGAACAAUUAGAAAUAAAAAAUUAAAAAAUCGAGAAACAAAAACAAAUCAAAAAUUUCAAAAGUUCGAAAAAAAUCGAAAAAUUGAAGAUACAAAAAAAACAAAAAUCGAAAAAUUGGAAAUCAAAAA